AUGUCCGACAUCUCCAAUGAACCCGACGACACAAUGUCCUUCAUCCGCCUCCUCCUCCAUUCCGACCAGUACAACGUCGCCGGUCUCGUAGCCACCACAUCUACCUGGCUCAACAGCACCGUCGUCCCCCAAGAAAUCCUCAAAACCACCCACGCCUUCGGCCUCGUCCAAGCCAACCUCGCCCUCCACACCUCCGGCCAAUUCCCCACAUCCUCCUACCUCUCCUCAAUCCCCUCUCCCACACCCGCAACACCCGCACCCCUCCUCGGCCUCGCGCACUUCAUCUUCCACCUCCGCAUCUCCGCCAUCUCCGACCAAGACUCCUCCGCUCCCGGGAUCCGCGCAAAACUUCCCUUCGAUUCCAUACAUCGUUUCCCUCCACGGUUUCAACGCCUACGGUCUCGCAACCUGAACUUCCAACUCGGUCCGCUGGGGUCGCAAUACCCCGACAUAGCGUAUACAAUGGAAGGCGACUCCCCCGCCAUCCUCCACACGAUGAUGAACGGACUAAACGGCGGACCAUACGACCAUCCUGAGUGGGGCGGUUGGGGAGGGGGGUAUAUUCUCCUCGACCGCUCUGGACAAAGCAAUGUCUACUCCAACACCUACGACGUGGUCCUCGGCAAAGACAACCGCACUCUCACUUCCAACCACGCGACGACAUGGCGUUGGCGACAAGCCUUUCAAGAUGAAAUGAGCGCGAGGGUACAAUGGUCCAUCCUCCCAUCAUACGCUUCAGGUAGCCAUCCACCCGUCGUCGUCAUCAACGGUUCUUGCGGAAGUCAACCCAUCAUCUACACCCUCCCCGGCGGUAGCACCAUCACCCUCGACGUCCGAAAGACCUACGACCCCGACGAAACCCUUCCCGGCGAACAUGAAUUACAAUGGAAGGUUGGCGGAGACGAAAUUAUCGGAGAGGGAGGCUGCUUGUAG